UCAGAGACGAGCGUGAGAACAAGACGCAGAGAAGAAAAGAUGGGCAACACGGGAACAACGUUUGAAUUCGGAUGGAUUAAAAUGUCUUUAAAUCUGAUGCUGGUGCUUCAGUUUACAGCUGUCACAGGACAGGAUUCAUUCCUCAUUGUCAGAGAUGGAGAUGAAGCCGCUCUGCCUUGUACAAAUGCCAGACAUGGUCAGGAUAAAUGUGGCAGUACUUACUGGACCUUCAGUCAUUCAAUAGACUCAGCUGUAGACCUGGUUGAAUUGGGUCAGAUUGGUAAAGAUGCUCAGACUAAAUCAGACAGACUGAGUCUGACAGAGAACUGUUCUCUGGUUCUGAAGAACGUCACACGUGAGGAUGUUGGUCUGUACAUCUGCAGACAGAUUGACAAGUCAGAACAACAACUCGCUCCAGACUCUGUGGUUCUUCUGUCUGUUGUUACCAUGACUGAACAGAAGGACGGUGAUGAGGUGACGUUAACCUGCUCUUUGUCGACGUAUACAAACUGUAAAUACUCAGUGAAGUGGCAGUUUAUUGGUACAGAUGUGGAUAAAUAUAACAAAGACUUGAGGACAUCACAGAAGCGCUGCUCAGCCAUUGCAACCUUUUCAGCUUCUCAUUUCAUUUACACGUCAAAGAAAUAUGAGUUACUGAAAUGUGAAGUGACGAGUGAUUCCUCUGAGGAAAAGCAACAGUUUACCUUCAGAUCUCAGUCCUCAGGCUGGUGGUGGUACGUCAUCGCGGCUGUGGGUUCAGCGGCGCUCUUAAUAACGGUUGUGGUGCUCGUCAUCAGAUGGAGGAGAAACAAAGGAAGCAUAACUCAGACGGAAGAAAACAAGGCUGAUCCUGAAGAUGGUGUUUCCUACUCGUCCGUCAGCUUCCCUAAGACCACCGACAGUAAAGGCCAGAUUCGGGGUGGUGGUGAUGCAGUGACCUACAGCACUGUGAGAGCUCCCUCCACUGAUCCCAGCAACCUCUACGCCACCGUCAACUAACCAAACAAAUGACACAUCACAACGUGGUUACACUUCAUUUAUUUUACAGUUUAUUAGAUAAGGCUUUUUGGUGUGAAAGCAAAGUCAGUUUUUAUUCCCAGAGUGAUCCUGGAGAGUAUUUUAUAGUUUAUCUUCACGUUCUUUGUUCUGCAGCAUUGCUCUGCUUUUGAUACAGCUGCACAACUUCAUCCAGCUGUUACUUUCAGGCAUUGUGAAGUGUUUGUUUUCAUCAUGACCAAGUGUUGUAAAAUGCCUUGCGUCCAGAAGGGGGAGUUGUAAGUUAGGUUAAGUUACUACUGCAGUGUAACGGUAAUAGCCCAACAUUCAUAUGAUAUUUCCAUAUAAAUAAGAUGCAUUUGGUUUAAUGAACUUGCUGUCGGGUACAUUAUUGUGCUGUGAUGUAUAUA